CGCUCAAUUGGGAGUGGGCGAGCUGGGAUAGGCUGGGAGUUUGGUUGAGGAGCCGUCAGCGGGACGUAAGCUACGGGACAAGGCACAAGAAAGAGGGAGGGAAAGCGAAGAACCCCACCGAGUAUUAACUUCUGGCUUCCGAACGGCUGAAUGUUGGACAGGAAAUUUGACGUUGCCAGCUUUACGAAAAAAAGCAUUUCUUGCAUUCACGGGUCGCGGGUCUGACCGGCGCGGAUGACAAGAAAGCGUCGCCGUGCAAAACUUUCUCAGCCGGGGUUAAUCGCUCGUAAAAAAAACCCUAACGGGUAUAUAUUUUUUUCUUUUUGUAACGGAGACCUAGAGAAGAGGACAUCAUGCCACGGCGCACCGUGCAAGAAGUAACAGUGCAAGAUGUCCAGAAGCGAAGGAAUCCGAACAAACACUAUGUUUACAUCAUUAAAGUGUCCUGGAGCGAUGGCAGCACGGAAAUCAUUUACAGACGCUACAGCAAGUUCUUUGACCUGCAGAUGGAAUUGCUGGAUAAAUUCCCAGUGGAGGGAGGCCAGAAAGACCCUAAGCGCAGGAUCAUUCCGUUCCUACCAGGGAAGAUCCUGUUUAGGAGGAGCCAUAUCAGAGAUGUGGCCAUGAAAAGGCUACGGCCCAUCAACGAGUACUGCAGGGCCCUCAUUCAGCUGCCAGUCUACAUCUCCCAGUGCGAGGAGGUCAGAGUAUUUUUUGAGACCAGACCUGAAGACCUCAACCCACCCAAGGAGGAACCCAUUGGAAAGAAGAAAUCAGGGUUUGUGGAGAGAGCGACUACUUUCCUAAAGCGAGGAGAUUCAACCGCAGCAGACCCUCUCCUCCUCGACCAGUAUGUGGCAGUAACGGACUAUGAAAAGCAGGAGAGCUCUGAGAUCAGCCUCCAUGUAGGUCAGGUGGUGGAGGUCAUUGAGAAAAAUGAGUCUGGGUGGUGGUUUGUGAGCUCAGAAGAUGCCCAGGGUUGGGUCCCUGCCACUUGCCUUGAGGCACAGGAUGACCCUGAUGACUUCACUCUUCCAGGGGAAGAAGUGCCUCGGAGAUUCUGGUCACUGCCAAGGCACGUGGGUCGUCGCAGAACUUUAGGGGAUCUAUUCAGCACAGGCUUUGGGCAAGAAGAGAAGUAUUCAGUGAUUUACCCAUACUCGGCCAGGGACCAGGAUGAAAUUGACCUGGAAAGAGGCAUGAUUGUCGAGGUGAUUCAGAAGAAUUUGGAGGGCUGGUGGAAGAUAAGGUACCAGGGCCGUGAGGGCUGGGCACCAGCCUCCUACCUGAAGAAGGCGGACAUUCAGAGCCAGAAGCAGUCAGCAGGCCCUGCUGCUCAUGCCAGUACAAACGACCUAGACGGGUUUUCCAAACAGAACCAGCCAAACAAUGCAGCUAGAGAGAACCGAGACAACAGCCAGAAAGAAAACAGGCUCUCAAUUUUCUCUGACAAUAACAAAAGUAAAGUGGGAUCAAGACACAGACCUCCUCCAAGGAGAGAUCUUACCAUUCCACGUGGUGCAAACCUACCCAAGCCACCCAUUCCUCCUCAGGUUGAGGAAGAGUUCUACACCAUAGCAGACUUCCAGACCACUAUUCCUGAUGGCAUUAGCUUUCAGGCUGGAGUUAAAGUUGAGGUGAUUGAGAAGAAUGCAAGUGGUUGGUGGUACAUCCAGAUAGAUGACAAAGAGGGCUGGGCCCCUGCCACCUUUAUUGACAAGUACAAGAAGAGCAGUAAUGCCCUACGACCUAAUUUCCUUGCCCCUCUGCCCAACGAGAUGGAGAAGCUGAGACUGGAGGAUGGUGGUUCUUCAAAUGUUUCAGGCACAGAUGACAGCUGGUCCAAGCCUUUACCAGAUGAACCAAGCACAGCCCCUGACUCUUGUGCCCGGCCUAAGUUGAGAGACUGGAAGUCCAAUGCCAGCAAGGGGGCUUCUGCCUUUUCUGGGCCUUUGCCACCAGCCCCAGCUGCCCCUCCAGUCGAGGAGAAACCAGCUCUGCCACCUCGAAGGGAGUCCAUUAAUAAAAGCUUUGAAUUGGAGGUAGCAGAAAAACCAAGACCUGAUCUUUCCAAGCCCUUGCCCCCAAAACCCCCAGCUCCUGGGGUGAUCGUGCCACUGGUUACACCCAAGGCAGCCCCCUUCAAACCGGAUAAACCACCUGAGACCAAGAAAGAAGAUAAGAGCAAAGCUCUUCAUCUUCGAAAUGAGAUGGGUCUUGAAUGUGGUCACAAGAUCUCUGCCAAGGAAGUCAAGAAGUUUAAUCUGAAACCUGUACCUAAACAGCCACCAAAACCCAAACCAGAGGUGCAGGAGGAGAAACAAGAGGCACCUGGCCCAUCAGUGUUUAUGAAGGCCAAGCCAAUGAUCCGACCAAAACCUGUUCCAGCUGCCAAGCCAGACCCUCCAGCAGAGAACAAACUAGACAUCACCAACCUGAGAAGCAAGCUGAGGCCAUCAAAACCUGCAGAUCCCGGUUCAGUGUCAGCUGAGGUGAAUCAUCAGAAUGACACCUCAGCAGCAAUAAAUAAUUCCCACCCUAGUUCACCCCCUAGCUCUCCACCCAUCCAUAUCCCUACUCUCAACAAUGGUAAGUACUGUGACGAGCCAAAAGUCCCCCCAAAACACAUUAAUGGUCAUAGCCAAGACAGCUCAUCACCCCCUGCAAAACCAGCAGUGCCUCCACACAAGGAACCCCCUCAGAGACCCCCUGCCAUGGCUCCAAGAAGACCUCCUCCUCCAAAGAAGACUGAUCCAUCCAGUCCAACUGAGCCCAAACCUCCAUCUGCUCCAAAAGACGCCCAGGACAUUCCCAAGGCCGGACCACCCCAACUCAGUAGGCCGCCUCCCCCUAAACCCAAAGGAUUUAUUCCAGCACCUCCAAACAAAGAGAAAGAGGAGUCCAAGGUCAACAAAGUCCCAAUUCCUCCCAAGCCCCAAGUGAAGAGUGAGAAGCCUGGUCCACCCAAGGACAAACUUCCUCCUUUACUCAAGGAGUCCAGUAAAGAUGAGCUGUAUCUAGCUGUGGCAGACUUUGAAGGUGAUGAACAAACAUCCAGCUUCAAGGUGGGUACAGUAUUUGAGGUGCUGGAAAAAAACAGCAGCGGUUGGUGGUUCUGUAAAAACGUAGGAGAAGAAGUCGAGGGCUGGAUCCCCUCGAAUUACCUGAGUAAGAAACCUUAGUGUGAAUGUGCUCUCAAAAAAUUUGCCAUAAAAAUAAAUAAAUAAACUAAGGGUUUAAAUGAACAAAUUAUCACUACUUUGUAGCUACUCAGCAUUUUUUAUUUAUAGGUACCUUUUUUUUAAUUGACACAUUUGUUAUGUUUAAUUUUGAUAAGGAUGUUCUACCUAAACUGAACCAGCAAUAACACAUGCCCUUAUGGGUCUUGUGAUGUUUACUUGUUUUUGUUUUUAUCUAAAUAUUACAUGAAAUACUAGGUAAAGUUAUUUGCAUUCGUAUGCUAGUUGCAGCCUGUGCCAGUUCUGCCAUUACAAAGGCUAGACAUUAUAACAGCGAUAAAUGUAUCUACACCCAUGCCUUCUAUGAUACGGUGCCUCAAUAUUAUAUGCAAAGUGCUUCAGUGCUUAAUAAACUGUAUGCAACUGUAGACAUAGUCCUUGUUGGAAUCUUACAACCUUUGACUAAAAAUCUAAAAUCUACAUCACAGGAGAAUGAACUACAUGGUCAAAUCCAGCUAGUCUUUCUCCAGCAGUAGACCAAAAAAAAAUCCUAAAUCUCUUACAAAUACUGCACAUUAACUCAUUAGAGGAAUUCAGUGACCACAUCUUGGCUUUCAAGUGCUAUUAGCAAUCACUAAAAGACAUGUCUUUGCCAAGUAGAAGUGCUGUUUGUUACCCUAGAAAAAUGCAUAUUAGUUUUGUGCUAUUGUAAUGCUUUUCUUAUUUGACUGCAUCAUUUAUGUUGCAGUCACUUGUAACAGAUGUGCACUUUUUCAGUCAUAUCAGAUGAGUUAAGUUUAAGGUUUGCACAUGUUUAAGGAAGGGGAAGAAUGCCAUAGUGCAUUUUAUUUCUUAAUUUUACUUGUCAUUGUAUUAGCCAUGUUUUUCUUUUUUUAUACUCACUGUAACAAAAUAUCCACCAAUGUAAAGAUGAGGCUAGAACAUCAAAACUGAGAAAGUGAAGAAACUCAUCAUGUUCUCUUGCUCCCAAUAAUAAAUAUCGUGAAGUGGGACUUGCUGAGCACAUCUGCAUAUCUGUACGAGAUAUUUGACCAGGCGUAAGAAAUUGUAGAUCUACAGUGAUUUGUGCAAUGAUUUACAGUAUUUUAAGUGUACAGUAUGACAUUUGAUCCUCAGAUAACAGCAAAGUAUGACCAUUGUAUAAAAAUAAUGUUUUACAUUAAUGCUUGACUGGUCUCAAGCAUGGUCAGUAUAGCAAAUUAUUUUUUAAUGUACAGUAAUGAGAGUCAUAUCUGAACUGUUAUCAGUUUUCUUUGAUGGUCCAUCUGUUUCAUCUUUUACUCUGUACUGAUGAAGUGACUAGAAGAACAAAGAGCCAAGAAGGAAUUUGGUUGGUUGAUUUGUGGGAUUUUUGAGAUAAAUGUAUGUGAAAAGUAUGUAAAACAAAUGCCUUAUAAUUUCACAUCAGGUGGUUUAGAUUUUUUUUCAGAUUCACAAAAUUUAAAAAGUAAGCAAGAUUGGAAAAUAAAAAUGUAUGUUCAUGGUUUUGGACAUAAUCAGACAAGGCUACAAGCUGUAACAGAGAUUCUGUUCUGCUUCUAGUCGCUUUAAUGUUACAUCAACAUCCACCCAUGUUUUAUACAAGAAUGGCAGCAUGUUACUCACUAGGAAAAAAAAAGAGAGAAAUUUAAAUAUACCCUAAAAUUGUAUUGUUCAGGUAAAAUGUAUGUGGACCAAGAGCAGGAAGGUACAGUACAGUGCAAAGCAAAUGUGUGGGUUGAUGGUGUCAUCAUUUCAGUAUUGUAAUCUUAUUUACUUUUUUGCUAUGUAUUUUUCAUUACAUUGAGUCUCCUUUUACUUAAGUCAAUAAAACGUUCUGAUUUUUCA